AUGACUGGAGAUAAGCCUGAGAGAAACAAAUUGAACGGAAGUAAUGAUAUUAGAGUGACCUGUUAUGGUAAAGCUACAAUUGUUGAAGUAGCGUAUCAGGAAAAAGCCAUUUCACAAAAAGGUGAAACAGAAGAUGAAUUAAAACUCAAAGCAACAGAAGCUGAAAAGACAGAAAGUUCAAUCAAAGAUUUGACUACUCAGAAGUUGAAACUUGUUGAAAGGAUAAAAUUGGCUGAAAAUGAAAAGGACCUGCUGGAAAAAUAUAGAGUGUGCAUUUCUUCUGAUAAAAAAGACAAAGUUGUUGACGUUUUGGAAAAAAAGAAUGUAGAAAACUUGUUGGGAUUUCUUUCCAUCUACAAUGAUCGUAGAGAAAAGUUGACUGAAUCAGUAUUUUCUUUAAAUGAGAAGCUAGAAGCUACAAAUAAAGAGAUCGACGUUUUAAAAUUUAACUUGGAAAAGUUAAAACCACAAGCUUUGAAAAGAAAAACUGGCAGACAUGCUUCAAUUCUUCUGGAUGUUAAAGAGAAAGGUUCAGUCUUAUUGGUUGUCUCUUACGUUGUUUCUAAUGCAAGCUGGACACCAUUGUAUGAUGUGCGGGCAUUCCAUAAAGAUAGCAGCGUACAGGUUUUGUAUUUUGCUAAUAUCAAACAAAACACUGGUGAAGAUUGGGAAGAUGCAAAGUUAUCUUUAAGUACUGCUGUGCCAAGUGUUGGUGGAAGUCCUCCUGAAUUGCAGCCGCAAGUUUUGCAAAUAAAACAACCUGAUCCUGUAAAAAUAAAAAGACAAAAAAAAAAAAGACAUAGAAGUGCUGCUCCAUCUUGGGCGCUACGAGAGCGUGACCAAGUUCAAUAUGAUGACUAUGACCCCACAAUUGAAGAUAGUGACAGUUUAAUACUUGGAAUAAUACCUGGCCGAUUGUGCCAUACGAUGUAUGGCACAAUCUCUUCCAGAAGCAAUGGCUGUUGAGGGUAUCACAAGCACAAAUUUCGAAAUUACUCGAUUAGCCACAAUUCAAUCCGAUGAUGUAGCGCACAAAGUCUCGAUAGCCCAGCUUGAUUUCUCACCUCAAUUUGAAUACUUAUCCACACCAAAAGCAGU